AUGACAAAAGUUCCGACUUGGGCCGCCGUUCCGGUUGUUUUCGCCGUCUUGGCCGUGAUUUCAUAUCAGAUCAUAAUUCCGCCGGACAAUUUAGAGGGCACCAAAAAUGUAUUGUCGAUGGCUAAGACCAUACCACUCCCCGUUGAUGGACCAGAGAGCAUUGCGUGGGACCCGCAAGGAGGAGGUCCUUAUGCUGCCGUCGUGGACGGUCGUAUUCUCAAGUGGCGCGGCGAUGAUCUAGGCUGGGUUGAGUUCGCUUACACAUCUCCUCACAGAGGGAACUGUUCAAGGCAUGAAGUAGUGCCUACUUGUGGAAGACCAUUGGGACUUAGUUUCGAGAAAAAAACAGGAGAUUUGUACAUCUGCGAUGGUUACCUUGGGGUCCUGAAGGUCGGACCAGAGGGGGGCUUGGCUGAGCUGGUCGUGGACCAGGCCGAAGGUCGAAAAGUAACAUUCGCGAACCAAAUGGAUAUCGACGAAGAGGAAGAUCUAUUCUACUUCAAUGAUAGUAGUGACAAGUAUCAUUUCAGGGAGGUAUUUUACGUGGUUACUAACGGGGAGCGGUCGGGAAGAGUGAUCAGAUACGACAAGAAGACGAAAGAGGCCAAAGUUGUAAUGGACAAUCUCCGUUGUAAUAACGGUUUGGCUCUAAACAAAGACCGGUCUUUCUUAAUCUCAUGCGAGUCUUCCACAGGACUUGUCCACCGUUACUGGAUCAAAGGUCCCAAAGCCGGGACCCGCGAUAUCUUCGCCAAGGUUCCAGGUUACCCCGACAACAUCCGCUUAACACCAACGGGAGAUUUCUGGCUUGGGAUACAUUGUAAGAAAAAUUUGUUAGGGAAACUGAUUGUGAAUAACCGGUGGCUCGGGAAGUUGGUUGAAAAGACGGUGAAGUUGGACUUGUUGAUCGGGUUGAUGAACGGAUUUAAGCCGCAUGGGAUCGCCGUGAAAAUCUCCGGGGAGACAGGGGAGAUACUUGAGAUACUCGAGGACAAAGAAGGGAAGACGAUGCAGUAUGUGAGUGAGGCUGAUGAGAGACCUGAUGGAAAGUUAUGGUUCGCGUCAGUUUUCACGCCUGCCCUAUGGGUUCUUGAUCGCAAAAUGAGCAAAAUGUCGAUUAUCGGGCAGAAAAUUCCGAAAUGGGUCGUCGUAUCGGCUGUUUUGGCCGCCGUGGCCAUAAUUAUGUAUAAGAUAUUCCUUGCGCCAGAUCACUUACGAGGCUCCAAAAAUAUACUGUCGAUGGCUAAGACCAUUCCUCUCCCUGUAGAUGGACCGGAGAGCAUUGAAUGGGACCCAAAAGGAGAAGGUCCUUAUGCUGCGGUCGUGGACGGUCGUAUUCUUAAGUGGCGUGGCCAUGGUCUCGGUUGGGUCGAGUUCGCCUACACGUCUCCUCUCAGAGGGAAUUGCUCAAGACAUGGAGUAGUGCCUACUUGCGGAAGGCCAUUGGGACUUAGUUUCGAGAAGAAAACAGGAGAUUUGUACAUCUGUGAUGGUUACCUUGGGGUCAUGAAUGUUGGACCAGAGGGAGGCUUGGCCAAAUUAGUAGUGGGUGAGGCCGAUGGUCGAAAGGUAACAUUCGCAAACCAAAUGGAUAUCGACGAAGAAGAAGACGUUCUCUACUUCAAUGAUAGUAGCGACAAGUACCACUUCAGGGAAGUAUUCUACGUGAUUUUCAACGGCGAGAGGUCAGGAAGAGUUGUUAGGUACAACAAGAAGACGAAAGAGGCCAGAGUUGUAAUGGACAAUCUCCGUUGUAAUAACGGUUUAGCUCUAAACAAAGACCGGUCGUUUCUGAUCUCAUGCGAGUCAUCGACGGGACUUGUCCACCGUUACUGGAUCAAAGGUCCUAAAGCCGGGACUCGCGAUAUCUUCGCCAAGGUUCCGGGUUAUCCCGACAACAUCCGUUUGACACCGACAGGAGAUUUCUGGCUUGGCAUACAUUGUAAGAAAAAUCUAAUAGGGAGACUGAUUGUGAAUAAUCGGUGGCUCGGGAAGUUGGUUGAGAAGACGGUGAAGUUGAAGUUUUUGAUCGGGUUGAUGAACGGAUUUAAGCCGCAUGGGAUCGCCGUGAGAAUCUCCGGGGAGACAGGGGAGAUACUUGAGAUACUCGAGGACAAAGAAGGAAAGACGAUGCAGUAUGUGAGUGAGGCUUAUGAGAGACCUGAUGGAAAGUUAUGGUUUGGGUCCGUUUUCACGCCUGCCGUAUGGGUUCUUGAUCGCAAGUGAGAGUAACCACAUCGUACGUGUAUAUGUGUAUGAAUGGAUGAUCGUUGUUAUAAAUAAUAUGUAUCUUUGUUUUAAAUCAAAGUAUAUAAUGGAUUUGUCUGUAUGUUUAGUCAGUUGUGUAUGGUUUGUUCAUAUAUCUGCAAAAUUUAAAUGAAUCUGAAGAACUUAAAGUAAGGUGCCAUCAUAGUGAAGUGUCUUCUACGUAAUAUAUAAGGCGAGACUAAAAUUU